GCCGAGACCAAAUCUCUUCCCCCAAAUCCCUCGGCUUCUCUCCCGAUCUCUCUCGCAUCAUCAACGGGAUAUCCCCCAUUCUUCGCGAUCAGUCAACAGAUUUAGCUCGAUUUAAAGAUCGAUUAAAGCCCUCAGACCCUCGCCUCAUCUUCUCUCAUUCAGCCGCCUCACAUUUUUCUCGAUCCGUACAAAAUCCCACGGUGGCAGGGCAGCGAUUUUUCCCGACGACCCGCGAACCGACCUCCGGUCAUCCGACGAGCCGAGCGCCAGUGACCUAGAACUUCCUUCGAGGGUAGGCGAACCACAGACAGAUUCCCGACGUCUGGAACCACGCGGCCUUCCCCAUCCCGAACCAGAUUCCAGGCUUUCCAGCGAGAACGACCACCGGCAGAGAGACCGAGAAACGGCAUCCAAGGCCCUUGUGCCACCUGAAAACCAGCCGCAGCAAGCCCUGCCAUCUCCGUGAGAGCUCAGCCACAGCCGAGGAGAACCCCGACAGACCCGCACUGGUUUAGCCGUCACCGAAAAUCCUUUCUUCCCUUUUCACCGAGAAAGAUUUCGAGGAGUCGAAUCUCGAGAGUUGUUUCAAGUGACGUCAACUACUCUUCAUCUACACUUGUUCCUCACAUCAUCAGUUAUCAGUUAUCAGAAACUUUAUUUGAAGUUCUCUAUUCUCUAGUGCUUCCGGCCAUCAUUAUCGUCGAUUUAAUAGAUAUGAGCCUCCUUCUACGUGGAAUUCAUCAGAAAUUUUCUCCCUUUUUUUGCCGUGGACUGCAUAAACUGUCACAUGAUGGCCCGAGUGAAACCUUGAAAAGGAAAAUUGCUGAGUUAGAGAAGAAGAGGAAAACAAGAAAUCCCAGGAAGAAUAAGUUGCUUGUGGAUGUUCCUGAGUCGAAAAAGUUCCUUGAUACAGCAACCAUGCCAAUGCUACUCACCGUUGUGGGGACUGCUCUCUUUGCUAAGCUCCUCAUGAUGUAUGAUGACUCCACAGAACAGGAAAGGAUUGAGCGAAAGAUAAAGGAGACCCCUGGCCUGGGCAGUGUAAGGAUGCUCACUCGUGAAGAAUGGGAUGCAAUUCAAGAAGUGAGACCAAGGACACCAUUUGAAUCUAAGAUAGCACGCCCCAAUGCAAAAAUACGAACUGGGGAGCCACUUCAUAGGGUAAGAUUUGUA